AUGAGGAUAUCGCUUUUUAUUUUAACCUUAAUUAUGAGGCAGUGUGAUUGCCUGCGUUUUGUGUGUCCGGAGAUCUGCAGCUGUUCGCUUGAAACCAUCAGCUGUAACAGCGCAACCGAAGCAAUGGGAUCUAAACAGCACAGCAGACUUGUUUUGAACUAUAUUCCCUUAAGAAGUAUUUUCAGUCUCAGCUUUGAUGGACUAAGAGGUGUCAAAAGAAUAGAAAUUUCCCAGAGUGUCACACUGGAAACAAUAGAGACCCAAGCCUUCAACAGCCUUCCUAACCUCUCAGAGAUAUCUAUCCAAAACACACGGAGCCUGGUUUACAUCCACAAGCAGGCCUUCAACAAUCUACCCAAACUGAGAUACCUGAGCAUCUCCAACACUGGAAUAGUUGUGUUUCCAGACCUCACUUCAAUCUCUUCUCUAGAAGCAGAUUUCAUACUAGAUAUCUGUGACAAUCUCCACUUGCACUCAGUUCCACCAAAUGCCUUUGUUGGUAUGACAUCUGAAGAAUCAACAAUGAACCUCUAUAACAAUGACUUCAGAGAAAUACAAAAACAUGCCUUUAAUGGGACAAAAAUAGAUAAACUAAUAUUAAAGAACAAUCGAAACCUCAAAACAAUCCACAGGGAAGCCUUUAGGGGAGCACUGGGCCCUGCUGUACUAGAUGUGUCCUCCACUGCUCUGGAGACGUUGCCCUCUACCGGACUGCAGUCUGUGCUCAUACUUGUGGCUCGCUCUGCAUUCUUACUAAAAAGGUUGCCUCCCCUGAUAAGUUUAGAGAGCCUAAGAGAGGCUCACCUCACUUACCCAAGCCACUGCUGUGCUCUUCUCAGUUGGGACACUGAAAGAGAAAUUUCAUCUUCAGAACAGAGAAAUGGAUCUUCUUACUGCGAAGAAAAAAGUCCUUUACUUAAGUCCACAGUGAUGGAGUUUCCCUUUUCCACUGAUAUGUUGGGACCUGAUGAAGCCAGCUUUGGCAGUGUUGAUUUCGAAUACCUGGACUUCUGUCAAAUAAGACCAGCACUCCAGUGCAGUCCAGAGGCAGAUGCCUUCAACCCCUGUGAGGACAUUGCUGGGUUUGAGUUCCUUCGUGUGGCAAUCUGGUUUAUCAACAUCCUGGCUAUUGCUGGCAACUUGACUGUACUUCUCGUGUUCUUUACCAGCCGCUGCAAACUUACUGUGCCACGCUUCCUUAUGUGUCACUUGGCUUUCGCAGACUUUUGCAUAGGUGUGUACCUCCUUAUGAUUGCUGCUGUGGACCUACGAACACGUGGUCACUAUAGCCAACACGCUAUUGAAUGGCAGACAGGGACAGGCUGCAGUAUUGCAGGCUUCUUGUCUGUCUUUGGUGGUGAACUAUCUGUCUACACACUGUGUACCAUUACUGUGGAGCGCUGGUACACUAUCACCCAUGGAAUGCGCCUAGAGUGCCGGCUUGCUCUUCGCCAAGCUGCUGUCAUGAUGGCUGCUGGAGGGCUGCUCUGCCUGUGCAUGGCUCUCCUUCCUCUGAUGGGCAUAAGCAGUUAUAGCAAGGUUAGCAUGUGUCUGCCCAUGGACAUUGAAACACCUCUGGCACAGGCUUACAUUGUCCUUCUGCUGCUCUUUAAUGUAGGUGCCUUUCUGGUGAUAUGUGGCUGCUACAUGCAGAUCUAUUUGGCUGUGCGCCACCCUGAGGUGCCUGGCCGCAAUGCUGAUACUAAAAUUGCCAAGCGUAUGGCUGUACUUAUAUUUACUGACUUUAUUUGCAUGGCUCCCAUUACCUUUUUUGCCAUCUCUGCCGCUUUUAAGCUGCCCCUUAUUACAGUCACAAAUUCCAAGAUCCUGCUGGUGCUCUUUUAUCCUAUUAAUUCCUGUGCCAACCCAUUUCUUUACGCCAUCUUCACCAAGGCCUUUCGGAAAGAUGCCUGCAUUCUGUUGAGCUUCAUGGGCUGCUGCAAGAAAAAAGCCAAUAUGUAUCACAUUAAGACCUACUGUUUAGAAAAUGCUGAAAGAAACAAGACUAGCUCAGUCAGCAAGAGCAAGAUCAUCAUCAGAAGCCACAACUUCAGAUAG